GAGGGGGGUGGAGGUGUAUUUUAAGCAGAGACGCCUUGCAGAGAUGUGGACCAGCUCUCUGGAGACCGAGCAGAGUGGAUCUGCUGCCACCAGAUGUCGUGGUAACUGCAUGGUUCUGUCAGCCCUGUGCUGGAGCUGCAGGGGCUGGGAUUGUCUGUGUGGUGGGAUCCCCUGACAUGGCCGCAUAGCAGAGCAGCAGGCCUGUUAUACAGGAGCUCUGUGCGUUGCAAAUAACUUGCAGGGCCAAAAUAUUGCGCAGACCUAACCCAACAUUGUAAUAAACACUGUUAAGUAACAGUACUACUUUUUCCUUCUGUUUUUUUUUCUUGUAUUGUUUCCAGAUGAUCUUGCUCAUUUAGAGAAACUUUGGAGUGGAUCUCGUGAGGAAGUAUUCACCCCUCCUCAUUGCUUGGACUUUCUCUAUCUGAUAUUAUGGAAAUACCAAAAUGUGUAACAUCCCCCACUGAGGCAGAUAAUCAGAAGCCAUGCAGAAAGUGGAGCAGCCGUCUGCGGUUUCUGUUGUGGGGCGAUGAAGAAACAUUGAAAUGUAUCUUAUUUCAGGCUGUGACCGUUAAGGCCCGGCCUGUCUGGGAAGCUGCUGGGGAUUACCUUGACUUUGCUGGAAAACAACUCCUUGGCUAAUGUUUUCUACAAAGGUUUUACAUCUUGGUGCCCAGAAAUGGGAUAUGAUUCCAAAAUUCUUCCGAAGGAUUUAUUCUUGCAGUAUUUUUUGGAUCCUUUUUAUUUAAUCUUCUUAUAGUAGCCAGGAGGUCUGCAGGACAUUUGAGUGUCUAAAUAUUCUGUAAAACAUGACUCUUGACUCUUUGAAUCGCAGUGGGUGGAAUGUGUUUGUAAAGGCCAAUUAUCUAGCGAAUUAAUGCGAAGGGUGAGUUACCCAAUUUCAGUGGGGAGUGGUGUUUUACAUGAUGCUUCCACUCUGAAAGGAAUAAUCACAUUAAAAUUGAAAACCCUAGAAUGGUAUACAUUUCUGAGCAUUUUGUCACAGGCCCAGACAAAUGGAUUUUCCAAUGGUUAAACUGUGGUGGAAUAGAUUAGACUUACUGUCAUCCUCUACCACGGAAUGAAAAAAGAAACGAAAAACAUUGUUUUUGUCCCAUUUUGUUUUGUCAAGUUAUAAAAAUAAGCUGCUGGAAUGGACUUGGGGCUGUGAGGGCCUGUUUCUGUGGAAAGCUUGUGGGCGGCACAUGCACUUUGUGACGUCUCAGCCUCUCAGCAGCUCCGAGACACUGGCUGGGAGUUACUGGCUGGGAGUUACUGGCUGGGAGUUGCUGCUGCGCAUCGAGCCACAUGGAGCCGCUGAGCUGUCCUUCCUGUAAGCCUCUCCAACCCUCCCUGUGCUCAGCUCAAGCUUUUUACGUUGCGGCUGAUACUGAUGGCUUUAUAAAGGGGAAACUGCUUCAGACUAGACAGAAAGAAAAAAAAAAACUUUUCACAAGGGUGUAAUGACUGUGAAUGGUGAAUUUUCCUGUUAUAAACAUGUUGGGUGUUUGAGCAACGUGAGCUUUUGUGCUCCAUUUGCUUUAAUGGAGGAGUUAACACGACUGAGUCUGUGAAUUCCUUUUAAGUAUGAUGCAAGCAGCCCAUGUGACUUCAGCCUUGGUUUUGAAAACGGAGGUGGGUUGUGUUACAUGGAAUUGAUUCGUCCCCCGCAACAAAGCAGGGACUGGCUGGGAGCCAUUGCCUCUUUCGUGUGUGGUGCAAGUUAUUCCAGCACAGCUGAGUGGUGUGAAUGUAGGGAGGGCAACAUCUAACUCUGAGCAAACAGUGCAUCCGUUACCCUGGUAACAUCAUUUACCCUGUGAGUGAAAUCCCAGAAUUAUAGUCAGGUAUUUUUUUUUCCUCAAGGAUAAUGUGUGGAUAAUGAGGUCGGGCUCCUGCAGUAAGAGACAGCCUUUUCCACACCAUUCCUCCCUUUCUGUUCUGGUCUUUUUUUGUAGAUUUUAUUGGUUGCAGUCUGUCUGCUCUAACCCCCCCGAACCUUUCUACCACAUUCUCAUCCAGGGUCCUGCAGCUUUUUUGGCCAUCAGGUUGUUGUCUGCCUGGGGCCUUGGCCUCUAGACUGCUACCGCCUUUGUAGCUUCAUGUUUGCUCAGCAUGUCAGUGGCAAAGGUGACCCUGUGGCCUUAGGGAGCAGUGCAGCUUCAUGUUCGCUCAGCAAGCAGUGCUGAAGGUUCCCUCUGGGCUUAGGGAGCAGUGCAGCUUCAUGUUCGCUCAGCAAGCAGUGCUGAAGGUUCCCUCUGGGCUUAGGGAGCAGUGCAGUGCCUGAGUUUGCUUAUUGGUCUUUGUGUCUGUGUGUGUUUCUGUGUUUGCAUGAGCAUCCAUGCACACACAAACAAACAUCCACGGGGGGCUGAUAUGUAGCCUGUGUGAUCCGGACCAUCAGCUGCUCUGCUGCGGGCCCCUCAGCACCAGCGCAGGCUGCAUUUGGACCCGUAUGUCGCAGGAAGCCUGGCCACCUUCAGCGAGCUCAGCAUCCGGGGCUCUCUGCCGCUCCCUUUCUUCUUGGCUGGAUCUCUGCCUGUCUCUGUUCUGUCUGUUUAUGCUUCAUGAGGGAGACUGACUGACUGUAUUCUCUGUAUCCAGCAGACAGUCUCAGGUUACACCCUGUUUGACGCUCAGGCUGUGUCCUUGGCGGGUGGCUGAUGCCGGAUCCUGCCCGUAAUGCCUUUUUGACGGUUUCUGCUCUCUCUUCAGUGUACCACUAGCUUUUUAAAAAUGGAUUUCUGCAGUUUUCCUUUUUUCAUGUGGGUCUCUCUAGGUUGUCCCUCUGCUAAAGGCUGGUCUCCAGGGCUCUGCUGCCUGACAGUACCUCUCUGAAGGCAAAGGCGCUCUGCACACAUUCGCUUUGCCUUUGGCCAGGCUGAGCUUCCUGCCUCCCGCUUUCUCUUCUGUGGUGUCAUCUUGGUCUUUCUGCCCCAGCUGUAGCUUGCCCUGGGGGGGGCAUCGGUGCUGGCUGUGGCAUACACUGUCUAGCUGAAUUACUCGCAUAAGCAGGUUGUUUGCUUGAAGAAAACAUAGCGGAAAAACCCUAAAGUAAAAAACUAAGGCAUUUGUUUUUGGUCUCCUGAGCAGGUGAAAGUAAAUUUAAUAACGUAUCUGUAUUCUCUGCCGCCACCCAGGUCAGACAUGAUGCCCGGACAGAUCCCUGACCCCUCCUUGGCCCCUGGUGCCAUCCCCAGCCUGGGGCCGCUGGCCGGGGUCCCCGGGGCCACGCUAACAGAGCAGCUGCGGCUGGCCGACCUGCACACCCUAGGGGCCAUGAUCUCUCCUCUACACUUCCUGAGCAGGCUGGGGAAGAGGCCUUCCCCCCUGAAAGAGGAGAUGAAUGAGGAUGAGGAGAGGAGGAAGCGGCGGAGAGAGAAGAACAAGGUGGCGGCAGCACGGUGCCGUAAUAAGAAAAAAGAGCGGACAGACUUCCUGCAGAAGGAGUCAGAGCGCCUGGAGCUGGUGAACUCGGAGCUGAAGGCCCAGAUUGAGGAGCUAAAGCAGGAGCGGCAGCAGCUCAUUGUCAUGCUAAACCGGCACCGGCCAACCUGCAUCGUGCGGACCGACAGCAUCAAAACCCCUGAGACUGAGGCCAACCCCCUGCUUGAUCAUCUGGGGGCCAAAUAAGCAGCGACUGCUAUUAUGUGACGAUUUACAGCCAGAGCGAGCAGCACUGUCAGUCUGGGCUCUGUCGGCAGGGACAGACCUGCGGAGUGGAUGCCUACUUUGCCAAGGUUUCCCUGUCCUGUUUGUAGCGGGACUGGUUCCUGGCACUGUUGACGUGUAGCAUCCUGAGAUUAGCACCACCAUCGUCGUUACGAAGGAAAUGCAGCAGAAAGGGACCAUGGCGAACUGUUGAAUGACACUAAAGUCAAACUGUCCGGUCUGCCACAGGUAUCCAAGAAAAGGCACAUCAUCCUUUUGUUGUGCUUCUAUAUAUCCUGGCUGGAUUUAAAUAUAACAGUAUUUGAGAAAUGCUGAUUUUAGAUUUUAUGUUCUGCCCCAGCGGGUGGCAGCGAUCGGUUGAUCCGAAUCCUUUUUUUUUUUUUUUUUGUGGUGAUGCGGGCAUCACAAGAGCACAUCUCUGUUUACAGUCAUAUGGAUUUUGUUACUAUGUUUGUUACGUGUUAAUUUGCUUUGUAUUUGGAUUUUUUAUAUACUGCUAUAUUCAUGAAAUAUGAAAUCACUAGAUGUGAUACCUUGUACAUAAGCUUUUGUAUUCUGCAUGUGUUGCUUUUUCUCCUGAUUAGUAUUGUGUGUCCAUUCCUGGCAGAGUGGUUUUUCCUAAGUUUUGUACUAGUAAUAUGUAUGUCUUCAUACCAAUACACAACCUAUUGUGAAAUACUAAAGGACUUCCAUUGUGUUGUCUAUUAAAUAUUUUCUACUGGCCUUGAUGGCAUCCAGUAAA